AUGCCGAGCUCAUGUAAAGAGAUACGAGCGGCUCUAGCCCAAUGCCUCCAAGAGAGCGAGUGUGUCAUGAUCCAGCGCAACUCGGCAGCAGACUGCCUCCGCUCCCCUCUAUCCGAGACCCUCCCGACAAAGUGCCAGCAGCUGAAAAAGGGCUACGGAGAGUGCCGCCGGGGCAUGGUCGACAUGCGCAAGCGGUUUCGUGGUAACCAGCCCAUCACGUUCAAGUCGCUCGAGUCGGCCGAGAGCAGCGGCGAAGGGUACCAGCUGUACGCGGGCAAGUCGGCGUUCUCCGGGUCGGUGCGGAAGACGGAUGGCAACGAGCCCCCGCCGAGGGACUGGCGGGAUAUCGAGAAUGAGAACCUGAGGCAUGCUGCGGACGCCGCGGCGUCGGAGGAGGCGAAUCGUAGGAUACAGGAGGAGGCGAGGGCCAGGGAGAAGGCGAAGCAGCAGUCGUCUUCAGGGAGUGGGGGAGGAGGAUCUUGGUUCUGGGGCAAAUAA